GGCGGCAGGCCGCUAGUGGCGGUCUAUAUAGCACCGGCGGGGGGACAGGGGUGUCACUUUCCAGAAGGACAGUCGGACAGCCAGCCAGCCGCAUCAACCCCCCUCAGUCAGGAUGUCUAUCACUAAGAUCCAUGCCCGAGAGAUCCUCGACUCCAGAGGAAACCCCACCGUGGAGGUGGACCUCUACACCGCCAAAGGCCGUUUCAGGGCAGCCGUGCCCAGCGGUGCCUCUACUGGUGUCCAUGAGGCUCUGGAGCUGAGAGAUGGAGACAAGUCACGCUAUCUGGGAAAAGGUACCAUUAAGGCUGUGGAUCAUGUAAACAAGGACAUCGCUGCCAAACUGAUUGAGAAGAAGUUCAGUGUUGUUGACCAGGAGAAGAUUGACAAAUUCAUGCUGGAGUUGGACGGAACUGAGAACAAGUCUAAGUUUGGAGCCAAUGCCAUCCUGGGUGUGUCUCUGGCGGUCUGCAAGGCAGGAGCAGCAGAGAAGGGAGUGCCCCUGUACCGUCACAUCGCUGACCUGGCCGGACACAAGGACGUCAUCCUGCCCUGCCCCGCCUUCAACGUGAUCAACGGUGGUAGCCAUGCUGGUAACAAGCUGGCCAUGCAGGAAUUCAUGAUCCUGCCCAUCGGAGCGGCUAACUUCCACGAGGCCAUGAGGAUCGGAGCUGAGGUUUACCACAACCUGAAGAACGUGAUCAAGGCCAAGUACGGAAAGGAUGCCACCAACGUAGGUGAUGAGGGCGGCUUCGCACCCAACAUCCUGGAGAACAACGAGGCUCUGGAGCUCCUGAAGUCAGCCAUUGAGAAGGCCGGUUACCCAGACAAGAUCAUCAUCGGCAUGGACGUGGCUGCCUCGGAGUUCUACAAGGCAGGAAAGUACGACCUGGACUUCAAGUCACCUGACGACCCUGCCAGGUACAUCACCGGGGAUCAGCUGGGAGAUCUGUACAAGAGCUUCAUCAAGGGAUAUCCCGUCCAGUCAAUUGAGGAUCCCUUCGAUCAGGAUGAUUGGGCUGCAUGGUCAAAGUUCACCGCCGCCGUCGACAUCCAGGUGGGUCCAGUCAUUGUUUGUUUAUCUUCAGCUCUUCCUAUAUCUAUAGGGGUCUAACUCUGUGUGUUCCUG